AUGCCAGCUGAUUUAGAUAAUUCUUCUACAGUUAAUGAUUACACAGCUUCUGGAGAUUCCUCUUCAGGUAAUCAAAUAGCUCCUUCUAAACCAAGUGUCAAGAAAAAGCGUAAUCUCCCCGGGAUGCCAGAUCCUGAUGCCGAGGUGAUUGCUUUAUCACCGAAGGCUUUAUUGGCAACGAAUCGAUUUGUUUGUGAAAUUUGCAAUAAAGGGUUUCAGAGAGACCAGAAUUUGCAGCUUCACAGGAGGGGUCACAAUUUGCCUUGGAAGCUGAAGCAGAGGUUAAGUAAAGAGCCAAAGAAAAGAGUCUAUGUAUGCCCUGAGCCGAGUUGCGUUCACCACGACCCUUCACGGGCAUUGGGCGAUUUGACGGGGAUCAAAAAGCAUUUCUGUCGAAAACAUGGAGAGAAGAAGUGGAAAUGUGACAAGUGCUCGAAGAAAUAUGCGGUUCAAUCGGAUUGGAAGGCUCAUUCAAAGAUUUGUGGAACUAAAGAGUAUAAAUGUGAUUGUGGGACUUUGUUUUCAAGGAGGGACAGUUUCAUAACUCAUAGGGCCUUUUGUGAUGCAUUGGCAGAGGAGAGUGCAAAAACGCAUACAGCGAUGGCACCUCCAAGUGCUGAUGAGGAACCGCAAAUUCAAGCUGUUGAAUCAUCACCAACAUUGCCACCACCCACAGUGGCACCACCACCGCAGGCUCCAGCAUCGACUAUUUCUUCUUCGACUGGUGUAGUGUCCUCUGUUUUGCCUGCUCAAAAUCCAGAAUUGGUCGAAAGCAGCAAUCCCAGUCACACUAGCACACAGAUUCUAGAGACCUCAACCCUGCCCCCGCCAGUCACCAGCCUAACCACAAGCUUUAGCAGCGUUAGCAGUUCUAGCAGUAGUGGAAGUACAAGUAGUAAUGCGUUUGCAAGCUUAUUUGCUUCAUCGACGACCUCAGGAAGCUUGCAGUCUCAAACAACUGGAUUCAUCAACUUAUUUCAAGCCCUGGCUCGCCCCGAGCAGACAGCUGAUGUUGCACCAUCUUCAUCUUCAGAACCCGUGUCCCUCUGCCUUGCUACGAAUCAAAGGUCGUCUAUUUUUGAAACAGCAGGGCAAGAGUACAGGCAAUAUGCUCCAGCACUUCAACCUGCUGCUAUGUCUGCAACAGCAUUGCUACAAAAGGCUGCACAGAUGGGUGCAGCUGCGUCGAAUGCAUCUUUGUUGAGGGGGCUCGGAAUUGUAUCUUCCUCACCUUCUAGUGGUCUGCAGGAGUGGAGCGGACAACAAAUUAAGCCAGAGGGUGCACCAUUGGCUGCUGGUCUUGGAUUAGGAUUGACCUGUGAUGGAGGUUCUAGUUUGAAGGAAUUGAUGUUGGGGACUCCAUCUGUUUUUUGCCCUAAACACACCACCCUUGACCUCCUUGGAUUAGGAAUGGCUGCUAGUGGCAGCCCAUCUGGUGGGCUAUCGGCUUUAAUGACAUCCAUCAAUAAUGGCCUUGACAUUGCUGCAGCGGCGGCGGCAUUUGGUGGCGGAGAAUUUGGUGGCAAAGACAUGGAAUAG